AACGCGACGUCGUUUUGAUUAUUGUAUAACCAUUUCCAAACCCUUGAUUCCUUCCGUCUCUGCAGCGAUUCUCGUUACCCCUCUCUUCAUCUGUUUUCUUCUUUGUUCUCCAAUUGGGACGAUCAUAAAUCGCAACACAUCAAAAGCUAAUCCGCCGAUAAAUGAGUGCUUUCAGAGCAUUUAAAGCGAAUGUUCCUGUUAAGUGGAGCCCUAAUCUGUACAUAACGCUGGUGAGGGGAAUCCCGGGUACAAGAAGGCUCCACCGGCGCACGUUAGAGGCCUUGCGCCUCACCAAGUGCAACCGUAUUGUCACCCACUCCAAUACGCCUUCCCUCCGGGGAAUGCUUCAGCAGGUGAAGAGAUUGGUGGUGGUUGAGACGGAGGAAAUGUACAAUGCUCGGAAGGAGAAAGAAGCUAACCACCGGGCCCUUCGCCCGCCCUUGGUUGUCAAUCACCGUCAUCCUUGAUUGCUCCAAUUUUCUCGACUGGUCAGCCAUGUUUUUUGUUUUUUUAAGCUUUGUGGAUUAAUUCAGCCGACUUAUGUUAUGUGGUGAAAACAUAAAACUGAAAAGAAUUUUCUUUCCAUUGCUGCGUUCUUUUGUGUAGACUGAAAUUAAGUGGUUUGAGUAUGUCGUCUUACAUUGGCUUCAAGUUGAUGUAUGUUUUAAGUUAGUAAUCUAAUCAUUCUAAUUGAUAGUUAAUUAGUUAUACUUCGAUGGUCGGUUGUGUUUGUUCUGUGCAAUUGUGGAUAUGCUCCGGGAUUGACUAUUUAUCAAAAAAAUGAUAUGAAAAAAAUAAAUAAAUUAAAUUAUAGGGAUGGGAAUUGUGAUGAUUUCAACUCUCG